ACGUCUAGAUUUCAACAACCCUCCGUCCCGAUGGCUAAACCAAACCCACAAAUCGGAAGCCCCUCUUUCUCUCUCUAACAAUAUUCUCUCUCUAAAAAUCGACUUCCGUACGUUUACUCAACAGUUUGUUAAUAAUUCACCGUUUAUUCCUCCAAACACACACACAAACACAAACACCAACACAUACAUACAUCAAGCCACCUUAACACACAGCAGCGUGUGCAACAAGUUACACACCUAACGAAGCUAGAUCAAUGGGGGUUCCGGCGUUUUACAGGUGGCUGGCUGACCGCUACCCGCGGUCAAUCUCCGACGUUGUGGAGGAAGAAGGUGUUGAAGCGAAUGGGGCUCAAUUGUUGAAACCGAACCCUAAUAAUAUUGAGUUUGAUAAUUUGUAUUUGGAUAUGAAUGGAAUUAUUCAUCCGUGCUUUCAUCCUGAAGGAAAGCCUGCUCCUGCUACAUAUGAUGAAGUAUUCAAGUUAAUAUUUGACUACAUUGACCAUCUUUUCUCAUUGGUCCGCCCAAGGAAACUUCUGUAUAUGGCAAUAGACGGUGUGGCUCCUAGAGCUAAAAUGAAUCAACAACGCUCUCGCCGUUUUAGGGCUGCUAAAGACGCUGCUGAAGCAGAAGCCGAAGAGGAGAGAUUGAGAAUUGAAUUUGAAGCUCAAGGAGCUGCACUUGCUCCUAAAGAGAAACUUGAAACAUCUGAUUCAAAUGUCAUCACGCCUGGCACUCAGUUUAUGUCUGUGUUAUCCACAGCGCUUCAGUAUUAUAUACAAUGUAGAUUGAAUCACAAUCCCGGUUGGCAGUUUACCAAGGUAAUUCUUUCUGACUCGAAUGUUCCUGGUGAGGGAGAGCACAAAGUAAUGUCAUUCAUUCGGUUACAACGUAACCUUCCUGGCUUCAAUCCAAACACUCGACAUUGUCUCUACGGAUUGGAUGCAGAUCUUAUUAUGUUGGCUCUAGCAACUCACGAGGUCCACUUCUCAAUAUUGAGGGAGGUGAUCACAAUGCCAGGUCAGCAGGAGAAAUGUUUCCAAUGUGGUCAAGUAGGUCAUCUGGCUGCCGAGUGUCGUGGUCUUGUGAACGGAAAGCCUGUAAACGAUAUACCAAUUCACAAAAAGAAAUAUCAGUUCCUUAACAUCUGGGUUUUGCGAGAAUAUUUGCAAUAUGAUUUAGAGAUUCCGAAUCCUCCUUUUGAGGUCAACUUGGAAAGACUGGUGGAUGAUUUUGUAUUUCUUUGCUUUUUUGUCGGCAAUGAUUUUCUUCCUCAUAUGCCAACAUUAGAGAUUCGGGAGGGUGCUAUAAAUUUGCUGAUGCAAGUCUAUAGAAGAGAGUUUGCUGCAAUGGGUGGUUAUCUUACCGACUCAGGGGAGGUCUUGCUGGACAGAGUUGAGCAAUUUAUUCAAGCAGUUGCAAUUCAUGAAGACCAAAUAUUUCAAAAACGAGCUCGCAUACAAAAGUCAUACGAGAACAAUGAAGAAAUGCGACGUAAAGCAAGACAAGAGGUUGACGAGCCACCCGUGGCUCCAGUAGUGGACAAGAUUAAACUGGGGGAACCUGGGUACAAAGAAAGGUAUUACAAUGAGAAGUUAAAUUUGUCAGAUCCGAAGGAGGUUGAAGAGGUUAAAAGGCAAAUGGUAUUGCAUUAUGUGGAAGGGUUAUGUUGGGUUUGCCGGUAUUACUAUCAGGGCGUUUGUUCUUGGCAAUGGUAUUAUCCGUAUCAUUAUGCACCAUUUGCCUCUGAUCUUAAAGAUUUGGCUGAUUUGGAAAUAACGUUUUUCUUGGGAGAGCCGUUUAAACCCUUCGAUCAGCUUAUGGGGACCCUGCCUGCUGCAAGUGCAGAUGCCCUGCCUGAAAAUUACAGGAAAUUGAUGUCUGAUCCAUCAUCACCUAUAAUUGACUUCUACCCUUUUGAUUUUGCUAUUGACAUGAAUGGAAAACGUUUUUCAUGGCAGGGUGUUGCCAAAUUGCCGUUUAUUGAUGAAAAGAAGUUGCUCACUGAAACAAGAAAGCUUGAAGACACUUUAACAGCUGACGAGCAAGCUCGGAAUAGUGUUUUUUGUGAUUUAUUAUACGUGUCACCAAGUAAUAGCUUGGCCCCGCAAAUUAGUGCAUACUAUAACUAUUUCUAUUAUAUGACAACGCAAAUGCAUUUGUACCCGAAUCAAAUCUCUAUGUGCCCAAUUGACGUAAAUGCUAGUGGCGGAAUGAACGGUUUCUUGUGGCUGUGUGAGAGAAAUGGUUACAGAUUCGUACUUCUUUCCCCUAUUAGUGGUUUGGAGGAUAUUAUGGACAACCAUGUUCUAAACAUUACUUAUAUAAAUCCAGUCCCCCAUAAGCAUAUUCCAGAACCUCCUAGAGGAGUAAACAUGCCAAAGAAGAUUCUGAAACCCGUUGAUAUUAAACCAUUGCCUAUUUUAUGGCAUGAAGAUAAUAGUGGCCGUCGCUCACCAGGUGGUUAUAACAAUAGGCCACAAGUGCCUGGAGCAAUACAUGGGAACGUGUUAGGAGAUGCUGCUCACCGUCUUUUAAAAAACUCAUUAAAUAUCAAAUCCAGUGGUAAUUCUAAUUCUAAUUCACCGGGGUUCUAUGACCAAUCACAGUACCGAAAUUACCCACCCAACAAUCUGCAACAUAGGCCCAGACCAGCUGGCCCAUCGGGCCACGGAAGGAAUUACAAUUACAACGAUGAUCCAAAUUAUUACAACGGAUACCCUAAUCCUCGGGGCCCGAUGCCCAGGCCAAGAUUUGGGCCCACCCCUCCUAAUCACUUGCAACCCAAUAGGCCCAAUUUGAAACAGCAAGAAAGUUACACAUAUCAAGACCAGUACCAAGACCUAAGAAAUGGCAUGGCUGGUUUAAGCAUGGAAAGUGGGCCCAGGAAUAAGCCAUACCCGGUUAGGAUGGUGCAACCGAACGCGCGUAACCAGACCGUUGGGAACCUUCCGACCCCACCACCUACAUGGAUCAGUAGACCACCCAUGACAGCGAACGGGAAUCAACAAGCAAAGAAUGUUUAUCAAAUCAAGACUCGUGUUUCGCAGAAUUCUGAUGCUUGAAUACAAGAUUCAAGCGGUUUGUGUGUACUUGAUGCAAGUGUUUAAAGAAGUAAAAGCUCAUAUGCAGUUGGGCGGUUUAUUCAUAGGUAGAAGUUUGUUUUUUAUUUGUUCAUAGGACAGGAUUAGUUAUGGUUACAGAAGGAUAGAAAAAGUUGUUUACUUGGUUCAGCAUCCCUCUACUUUGUUCAUGAGGUUUGCUGAACAACGUUGUAAGGUUAAUUGUUUUAUUUAUUUCUUGAAUCAUGCUGUUCAUUUCA